CGUUCCUAGUUGAAAGAGCGGCGAACAUUCAAUGGACGGUUAAGAUGAAAAUAGUUACCGGUCUGCAAGUGCACAAAUAUAAGCUAAAGGGCCGUUCCAACUUAUCCAACUCGGUCCCGUUUUGAGUGAGGUGACUCGUUUCGUUUCGGACCGAAACAGAAACGACUGGGAUGGAUGAUUUUUAAAAUCCUCUCUGAAUUCGACAAAUGACAUUAGUCUAAUCUCAGAAGAAAAAAAGAAAAAAAAGCAAUAAAAAAAAGAGGGAAUGUUGCUCUCUUCUUCAAACCCUAACAGAAAUCUGAAAUUCCACCCUCCUCCUCCUCCUGCUACUGCUCGUUCAAGAUCGUUUCUCUCGUGCUCUUUGUUCGAUCCAACGGCUCAGAUCGGCUCUCGAUCCUGCAGCGGGGUUGCUCUGGUUCCGCCAUCUUCGAACCACAUCAGAAGGUCCAAAAGAUCCGCUCCUUGCUUCUGCAAUCUCUCUUCAAUCUCGAAAGAUAAAUCGGAGUUCGAUGUCGUCGUCGUCGGCGCCGGCAUCAUCGGACUAACGAUCGCUAGGCAGUUCCUCCUCGGAUCCGACCUCUCCGUCGCCGUCGUUGAUGCCCGCGUGCCGUGCUCGGGCGCUACGGGUGCUGGACAGGGUUACAUAUGGCUGACACACAAAACACCUGGAAGUGACAAAUGGGAACUUGCAAUGAGAAGCAAGCAACUGUGGGAGUUGUUUGCAGAGAGCAUAGAAAAUCAGGGCAUGGACCCUCUACAAGAAUUGGGUUGGAAGAAAACAGGCAGCUUGUUAAUUGGUAGAACUCCGGAUGAGAUAACCAUUUUGGAAGAGAGGGUCAAGCUGCUAUCUGAAGCUGGAUUGAGAGCAGAGUUCAUAUCAGGAACUGAAUUGCUUUUAAAGGAACCUGCACUUGAGGUUGGGAAGGACACUGGAGCUUCCUUUCUACCAGAUGACUGUCAAUUGGAUGCUCACCGGGCUGUUUCGUUCAUUGAGAAGGGUAACAGAUUUUUUGCCUCACAUGGAAGAUAUGGAGAGUUCUAUAAUGAACCAAUCAUCUCGUUAAUAAGAUCUGGUCAAAAUGGAGAGGUUGAAGCUGUUCAAACUGCCAAGCAUGUUUUAUACGGUAAAAAGGCUGUUGUAAUUGCUGUAGGUGCUUGGAGUGGGUCUUUGAUGCAAUACCUGGUCAAGGAAUCUGAUAUUGUAUUGGAUGUCCCUGUGAAGCCUCGAAAGGGCCACCUGCUUGUGUUAGAGAACUUCCACCAAAUUCAGGUGAACCAUGGUUUGAUGGAGGUUGGGUAUGUCGAUCAUCAAAAUGUUGUGCCAGUUGCCACUUCCACUUCAGGAGUGAUUGACCAUGAACAGAAGUUGUUAUCUAUUUCAAUGACAGCCACAACUGACAUGAUGGGAAACUUUGUUCUUGGAAGUAGCCGUGAAUUCAGUGGGUUCAAUACAGAAGUAGAAGAAUCAAUCUUAAAUCGUAUAUGGGAGCGUGCAGGGAUCUUCUUCCCUGCUCUAAGAGAACUCCAGCUCAUGGAUUUCACCAUGAACAGGAAAACAAGAAUAGGACUGCGCCCUUACAUGCCAGAUGGGAAGCCAAUAAUUGGCCCUGUUCCUGGUUUGCCAAACGUGUUUCUUGCAGCUGGACAUGAAGGAGAGGGGCUUUGCCUGGCGUUGGGGACUGCAGAAAUGGUUGCUGACAUGGUCUUAGGUAACAUUGGGAAGGUUGAUUACACACCCUUUUCCAUCCAAGGCAGAUGCUAAAGGUAAUCACUACAAUAGAGGAAAAUGACAGGAUGCUUAAAUGUAAAAAGAACGUGAACCUUGCUUGAGCUUUUUCCAACUUGUUGGGAAUACCUUAUGAUUACAGUUUCUUGUCCAUGCAUGUGAAUGUUUGUUGCACGCGUGCUCGUAGGUGCUUGUUGAAGAUAAUUUAUCUGCUCAACCCACUGUUUCUUUGCUGUUUUAUUUGCAUUCUAUUGUUUGAAACAACUGUUAAUUUGGUG